AUGCCAACAAAAAAACGUUCAUCAAGUUCAUCAUCAUCAUCCGAUGGAUCUCCAGAACAUCGUUCAUCAUCACAUCGACCAAAUAGUGAACGAGAUAAAAAACGUUCUCGACGUUCAUCAAGUCGAGAUAGACAUAGACGUGAUGGAAAAUCAUCAAAAAAACAUUCAAAAAAAAGUAGCAAAUCUCAUCGUACAUCACGAUCAAGAUCUCCACUUCGAGAAAGUUCAUCAACAACUGAUAAAGAACGUAAAACAUCAUCACAAACUUCUACAAGUCAAUCAACACCAGUAACAACAACAAAUACAAAUGAACCUCUUGAUAAAGAAGCUGAACAAAAACGUCUUGAAGAAGAAAUGCAAAAACGUAAAAAUCGUAUUGAACAAUGGCGUGCUGAACGUCGAAUGAUGCUUGGUAUCGAUAAAGUCAUGCAACAAUCAGUUGUACAAUCUACAAAAGGUAAAACUUGGUCACUCGAAGAUGAAGGUGAUGAAGAUGAAGAAGAUUUACAAAAUGUUGUUAUAUCAACAGCAGAUCUUAAACGUGAUGUUGCUGCAGCACGUGAAACAUUAAUGGCUUCACAAGCAGAUAAACAACGAGAAGCUUUAGAACGUGCAGCACAAGCAGCUGCACUUGCUUCAGCUGCAUGUGUAAAUGUUGAAAAAACCGAUGAUGAAGGAGAAGAUCCUUUAGAUAGAUUUAUGGAAAAUAUUGCAAAAGAAGUUAAAAGUUUUCGUGGAACAAAUGCUACAAUUAUUUCAACAAAAUCAAAUGAAAAUAAUACAAAAGCAAUUACUACAAUUAAACAAGAACAAUCAUCGAAUAAUCCCAAAGGAUCAGUUAUUAAAAUUAUUACAAAAACAACUAAAAAUGAUUCAGUUGAAUCAACUGUUACAUCAACGAAUGAAUCAAAUAAUGGUGCAGGACCAACAAUGAAUGGUCAUCAUAAUGAUACAUCAAUAGUUAAAACUGAAUCAAUGGAUACUAGUGAUCAAUCUUCGUCAGUUCCAUCACGUGUUACAGUACGUAGUGGUGUAGCUAAACGUGCUAAAGAAAAAGGUCUUAUUAUGGAACAAGAUAUUGAUGGUUUAGAAUAUUCAUCAGAAGAAGAAGGUCCAAAACAAAAUGAAGAUCUUGAUGAUAUAUUUACUAUGAGUAGUAAAAAAUCGAAAGCAGAUUUGAUUAUAACCAAUCAUGAUAAAAUAUAUUAUCGACCAUUUCGUAAAGAUUUUUAUACAGUUGUACCUGAAAUAGCUAAUAUGACAGAUGCCGAAGUCGCCGCGUAUCGAGAAGAACUCGAUGGUAUUAAAGUAACUGGUAAACGAUGUCCGAGACCAAUAAAAACUUGGUCACAAUGUAUAACAUCUGAUAAAAUUUUACAAUCUUUAAAAAAAUAUAAUUAUGAAAAACCAACACCUAUUCAAACUCAAGCAUUACCAAUUAUUCUUUCUGGUAGAAAUAUGAUUGGUAUUGCUAAAACAGGCAGUGGAAAAACAUUAGCAUUUCUUCUACCUCUGUUUCGUCAUAUAAAAGAUCAACCACCAUUAGAAGGUGAUGAUGGUCCGAUAGCUAUUAUUAUGACACCAACUCGUGAAUUAGCAUUACAAACAACAAAAGAAUGUAAAAAAUUUGCUAAAUUAUUUAAUAUUCGUUGUGUUGCUGUUUAUGGUGGUACAGGAAUAUCAGAACAAAUUGCAGAACUUAAACGUGGUGCAGAAAUUAUUGUAUGUACACCUGGACGUAUGAUUGAUAUGUUAGCUGCUAAUGGUGGUAAAGUAACAAAUGUUCGACGAGUCACUUAUGUUGUUAUUGAUGAAGCAGAUCGAAUGUUUGAUAUGGGUUUUGAACCACAGGUGACAAAAAUUCUUGAUAGUAUUCGACCUGAUCGUCAAACAGUUAUGUUUUCAGCAACAUUUCCUAAACAAAUGGAAGCAUUAGCACGUAAAACUCUUCAUAAACCAAUUGAAGUUACAGUUGGUGGACGAAGUAUUGUUUGUAAAGAUGUUAUACAACAUGUGUUUAUUCUUGAUGAUGAUCAAAAAUAUUUAAAAUUACUUGAAUUACUUGGUAUAUAUCAACCACAAGGUUCAGUUCUUGUAUUUGUUGAUAAACAAGAACAUUGUGAUGAAUUAAUGAAAAAUUUACUGAGAAAUUCUUAUCCAUGUAUGUCAUUACAUGGUGGUAUUGAUCAAUAUGAUCGUGAUUCAACAAUAAUUGAUUUUAAAAGUGGUGAUAUGCCAUUAAUGAUAGCAACAUCAGUUGCUGCACGUGGUUUAGAUGUUAAAGAUUUAAUACUUGUUGUUAAUUAUGAUUGUCCUAAUCAUUAUGAAGAUUAUGUACAUCGUUGUGGACGAACAGGUCGAGCAGGAAAAAUUGGUUAUGCAUAUACAUUUUUAACACCAGCACAAGAACGACAUGCUGGUGAUAUAAUGCGUGCAUUAGAAACAUCAAAUACACCUGUACCUGAAGAAUUAAAUUUAUUAUGGGAAAAUUAUGUUAAAAAAAUGGAAGCUAUGGGUAAAAAAGUUAAAACUGGUGGUGGUUUUAGUGGACAUGGUUAUAAAUUUGAUUCAUCUGAAACACAAUUAAAAGAUGAACAAAAAAAAAUGCAAAAAGUUGUUAUGGGUUUAGGAGAUUCGGAUGAAGAUGAAGAAAGUCAAGAUAUUGAUCAACAAAUUCAAUCGUUAUUUAAAAGUAAAAAAUCGAUUAAAGCUAAAGGUGAUGCACCAGUCUUACCAAAUACAUCAACUAAUCAAAAUGAAGAAGUUAGUGGUGUAACUACUAUCAAUGAUACAGCAUCAAAAUUAGAAUUAGCUAAGAAAGCAGCUGCUCGGCUUACAUUUACUAAAACCGAAACUCGAGAUUCUAUACAAGAAGCAACAACUUCAAUAUUUCAACGUGGUGGUACAUUAAAUCAAGCCGUAUCUAGUCGUAUUGUAGCACAACAACGAGCUGGUGAAUUAAAUCAAAAAUUAAAUUAUCAAAAACCCGAAGAAGAAAUACAAGUUACAGAAGAUGCAUUUAAAAUAUUUGAAGAAGAAUUAGAAAUAAAUGAUUUUCCACAAAAUGCACGAUGGAAAGUUACAAGCAAAGAAACAUUAGCACAUAUUUGUGAUUAUGCUGAUGUUGGUAUGUCUGUACGUGGUCAAUAUUAUCCAAGUAAUAAAGAAGUUGCACCGGGUGAUAGAAAACUUUAUUUACAAAUUGAAUCAUUAACUGAACGUGGUCUACAAUUAGCUAAAGCAGAAGUUGCUCGAUUAAUUAAAGAAGAAAUGAUGAAAAUGCAAAAUCCAGCUCUACAACUUGUCAAUCGUGGCCGAUAUAAAGUUGUUUAA